CACCAUUUCCCACUGAAACAGCUCGGUGGGGAAGGGAGAAAAACAAAAGCAAAAAAAAUAAAGGCAAAGACAAAGACAAAGGAGGGGAGGAGGAGGAAAAGCGAAAGACAGGUGUGGAAAACCGCGUUCGGUGCGGAAACCCGCCCUGGAAACCUCUCUCCGGGAGCGUCAGCAGCCGGAGCGACGACAACGAUGCCGCCGGAGACGACGACAACGACGACGGCGACGACGAGGCCGGUGAAGGUGCGGGAGGUGUGGGCGCACAACCUGGAUGAGGAGUUCGAGCUGAUCCGGGAGGCGGUGGACAGCUUCCCAUUCGUCGCGAUGGACACAGAGUUCCCCGGCGUCGUCCUCCGCCCCUCCUUGCAGUACCUCCACCACUCCGACUACCUGUACUACACCCUGAGAUCCAACGUCGGCGUCCUUAACCUGAUCCAGGUCGGGCUGACCCUCUCCGACGAGUGCGGCGUCCUGCCGGACCUCGGCGACCCUUCGGCGUCCUUCAUCUGGCAGUUCAACUUCCGGGACUUCGAUCCCGCCCGUGACAUCUGUGCGCCGGACUCUGUCGCCAUCCUCGAGCGCAGCGGCAUCGAUUUCGCCCGGAACCGCACCGACGGGAUCGACUCCGCCAGAUUCGCUGAGCUCCUUAUGUCGUCCGGUCUCGUCUGCAAUGAUGCCAUCUCUUGGGUGACUUUCCAUAGCGCUUACGACUUUGGUUACCUGCUCAAGAUCCUGACUUGCCGGUCGCUGCCUGACAACCGCGUUGAUUUCCUCAGCUUGCUGAGCAUCUUCUUCUGCAAGGUCUACGAUCUCAAGCACCUGAUGCGGUACGCCGAUGGUCUCCACGGCGGGCUCGAUCGGCUCGCCGACUCGCUGAACGUUGAGCGCAGGGCAGGAAAGUGCCACCAGGCUGGCUCUGACAGCCUGCUCACAUGGGAUUCUUUCCUCCGCAUGAAGGACAGCAUCCUCCGCGGCACAACGGAGAAGUACGCGGGUGUGCUCUAUGGACUCGAGGGUGUUGGCUAUUGAAAAUUAUGAUCAUAAAUAAUAUAAAUAAAAAAUGAAAAACUGUUUCUUUUUGAGUA